AUGUGCAUGCGGUGACACUGUCGCGAUCGCUCUAAUAAAAAGAGAGGCAAAGAGGAGAAAACAAGCGCCGGAGUCAGAGGGAGGAACGCGUCCUGGCAUUUGAGGGUGGCUGCAACCCUGCACAUUUGAUCAACUCCUGAGGAAUCUGCUGAAGGAUGGAGUGGUAUGUCCUGGUGCUGAUGCUGAGCUUGCCCUCCUCCAUGCACACACAUUGCUCUUCGCAGUGUCACAAAUGCUUGCAGUACAUUCUCAAGCCCGGCAACACCUACAGUAGCCUGUGGUGCGGGGUGUUGUGUCAGGAUGAGCCGGGGUUGUGUGAGGAUGCUCCGGGGCUGGAGGACAUGAGACGCGAAGGUGAGAAGGCGCAGGAGGAGGAGGAGGACGAAGAGGGGGGCAGCAAACAAGCCGACGUGCCCUUCGUGAAGACGCUGGACCAAACCGCCAGGGAGCUGCUGUCCUCCCCUUGGCGGGACAAGCACGUCGCGGAGAAAGUGGCCGACUUGUUGAAGACGCAGGCGGGGGAUGGAGGAGCGGACGACGCCCGGGAGGGGAACGUGCUCGGCGGCUACGAUCUCGUCAAACGCUACGGCGGCUUUUUGCGCAAGUUUGGCCCCAAGUCCAAGAGAAGCCAGCCCGGGGAGCCCGAAGAGCUCCAGAAGCGCUACGGCGGCUUCAUGAGGAGGAUCCGACCCAAACUCAACAACAUCAAGUGGGACAAGCGUUACGGAGGCUUCCUCCGUCGUCACUUCAAGAUCUCGGCGCGCUCCGCGGAGGAGCCUCUCUCGUCUUACUACGACGACCUCAGUCCAGAAACAAGAUGAAGUGAGCGGGGCACAAUGAACGCUCGCGUCCUGCAGCUCAACUUCAUCUUCUAUUUAAGCCUCGAUCAUUGCCUGCUGUACUCGAUUCCUUUUUUGUUUUGUUUUCGUCUGUGCCCCUCGUCGUUGAAUUCCAAGCUGUGGCGUGUUUAAUAAAACCAUGAAUACAACUGAGA